AUGGCUCCAGCAUUUCCUUAUACUAACUACGCCAAUGCCAGCGCCGGCGAACCCAUAACCUAUUGCGUCGGCCCUAAAUCCACCUCCACACGUUUCGACAUCCACCAACUCCUCCUCUGCACCAGCUCUCCCCUCUUCAACGAACCCUCCGGCGUCCCCAAAAUCAUAACCCGCCCCCUCUAUUUGCCCACCAUCGAUCCCACUAUCUUCCGCCUAAUCUGUGUCUGGCUGUACGAGGGCAUUCCCCCCGCCGCCGAGACCCCUAACGACCUGCUCAUCUUGAUGAAAAUAUGGGUCGCGCUGAGCAAGCUCGGUAUCUGGGAGAAGCAGAACACCAUCAUGCGGCUGGGCAUGGCGCUCAUGCAGCCGAGAGAGUUUACAUGUGGGAUUGAGACGGUGCGGUGGGUGUAUGAGAACACGGCGCCUGGGUCGAAACUCCGCGGCUAUGUUGUUGCGAUAUUUUGUCAGCGCGGUGCGGAGAUCACGAAAGAGAUGUUUAGUCCUCGGAUUGAGAAGCUGGGGAUUUUCAGGGAUGCGGUUAAGUUUUUUAAGAUCUUGAAUAGGGUGCGCGCGGGCAAUCCGAGGGGUGUGGAUGGGUAUGGUUUUCACGCGAGCGAGGAUGUUUUGUAUAUGUGGGAUGUGAAUGAUCCGAGCAGGGUUGUGGCAACGGUAGUGGUGGAUUUAGAGGAAGUGGAUUACAGCAGGAUCAGGUAUCCGUUGCCGAGCUUCUUGGUUUGGGGGGAUAGGUGGGAGGAUUUGCCGGAUAAAUUCUUCUUUAUUCACAAGAAUGAAGGGUUGAAGGAGGGGAAGGAGGUGCUCAAGCAAUUGAGGAGGAUGUAA